GGCGGGGCGGGGGCGGUGCCAUGGCGGACGCGAGCGGCGGGCGCGAGGCGGUGGCGGUGGCGGUGGCUGUGGGGGCGGCCCCGCCGCCAUUUCAGUAUAGCCCAGACAACGUGCCUGGAGCAGACGGCGACGUCGACCCCACCGAGAUCACCUUCCCGGGAUGUUCCUGUCUCACCAGCUCCUGUGCGGCUCACGUGUGCUCCUGCCUUCGCCAAGGUGAAAAUUACGACAGCCUGUGCCUCAGACCUGCAGACAACGAGGAGUACGCCAGGCCGAUCUUCGAAUGCAACGCCAUGUGCCAGUGUGGUGAAUCCUGUCAGAACAGGGUUGUUCAGAGGGGUUUGCAAUUCAGGCUUGAAGUAUUCAAGACUGCUAAGAAGGGGUGGGGUCUCCGCACGUUGGAAUUCAUAGCUAAAGGAAGGUUUGUUUGUGAAUAUGCUGGUGAAGUUUUAGGCUUCAGUGAGGCACGUAGAAGAAUUCAGGCCCAGAAACCCCAGGAUUCAAACUAUAUCAUAGCAGUGCGGGAACACCUCCAUAGCGGUCAGGUAAUGGAGACGUUUGUUGACCCCACGUACAUUGGUAACGUAGGCAGAUUCCUGAAUCAUUCUUGUGAACCAAAUUUAUUUAUGGUGCCAGUUCGAGUUGACUCAAUGGUGCCUAAACUGGCACUUUUUGCAGCCACAGAUAUUGCUGCUGGAGAGGAACUUUCUUACGAUUAUUCUGGGAGAUUCUGUAAUUCACCGCUGACCGACAGAGAACAAAAAACUUCAGAGGAAGAUAACAGACUGAGAAAGCCAUGCUACUGUGGUUCCCGCGCAUGUGCUUCCUUCCUACCUUGGGAUGGCUCCCUGUUUUCCACACCAGACGAAUGUUCAGAGAGCACUUCAUCGCUUUUUGGUCCCUAAGCAUACACAACGAUAUCAUCGUCUCCAGCAGUGAAAUUGCAGUUAAACCAAACUCUGAUGGUGGAUUCCACCAGCAAUAUCAAGGAAGUACAUGUGGAGUAAAAGCUUAAAAAUUAAGAUUUUGAGACUGUCUGCAUGCAAUAUCCCGGAGACUGUUUUCAAGGUGGAUGGUAGGAGGAAGCACUGGAGCUUCAAGAUGUUCCAAAAUCAAUUACUGAGCCGGGACUGGUGCUUUUUUGUUGUUCUUUUCUGACAGCUUACUGUGUGUGAAAGCACUUGUCUUGAUCUGUACUAAAGCUUUCAAAAAGAAUGUACUUCAACACUGGAACAGAGAAAGGAUAUGUGAUAACAGUGACAAACAUCCCUGAAAAUUACACAGAGAAGCAAGUGAGACAAAGGAAUGUUGAUGUUUGCAAAAAGGGCAUUAGGUUUCUUAAAUUUCAUUAAAAUAAAUAUUUAAAAUGA